AUGACGUCCACCUUCCGCGUGCUGGAGAACUCGGCCCCGCACCUCCUGGACGUGGAUGGGGAGAGCGGGCUGCUCUACACCAAGCAGCGCAUUGACCGCGAGGCGCUGUGCCGGCGCAGCGCCAAGUGCCAGCUGUCCCUCGAGGUGUUCGCCAACGACCAGGAGAUCUGCAUGAUCAAGGUGGAGAUCCAGGACCUGAAUGACAACGCACCGGCAUUCCCCUCUGACCAAGUGGACAUGGACAUCUCAGAAAAUGCUGCCCCGGGCACCCGCUUUCCCCUCACCAGCGCCCACGACCCGGAUGCUGGGGACAAUGGGCUGCGCACCUACCUGCUCACCCGUGAUGACUACGGCCUCUUCUCCCUCGAUGUGAAGUCCCGUGGCGAUGGCACAAAGUUUCCAGAGCUGGUCAUCCAGAAGCCAUUAGACCGCGAGGAGCAGAGUCACCACACCCUGGUGCUGACGGCACUGGACGGCGGUGACCCACCACGCUCAGGCACGGUGCAGAUCAACGUGCGCCUCAUUGACUCCAAUGACAACAGCCCCGUCUUUGAGGCAGCCUCCUACGUGGUUGAGCUGCCGGAGAAUGCUCCACUGGGCACUGCUGUCAUCGACCUUAAUGCCACCGAUGCCGACGAGGGUACCAACGGAGAGGUGCUCUACUCCUUCAGUGGCUACGCACCCGAGCGCGUCCGUGAUCUGUUUAGCAUCGACCCACAGAGUGGCCUCAUCCGUGUCAAGGGCAACCUGGACUAUGAGGAGAGUGGUCUCAUUGAGAUCGAUGUCCAGGCUCGGGACCUGGGGCCCAAUCCCAUCCCUGCUCACUGCAAGGUCACCGUCCGCCUCAUCGACCGCAACGACAACGCACCCACCAUUGGCUUUGUCUCCGUUCGCCAGGGAGCACUUAGUGAGGCUGCCCCACCGGGCACUGUCAUUGCCCUGGUGCGGGUCACUGACCGUGACUCAGGCAAGAACGGGCAGCUCCAGUGCCGGGUGCUGGGCGGUGGCGGUGGGCCUGGAGCCAUCCCUUUCACCCUGGAGGAGAACUAUGACAACUUCUACACUGUGGUCACUGACCGGCCCUUGGACCGCGAGGCACAGGACGAGUACAAUGUGACCAUUGUGGCACGUGAUGAGGGCAACCCCCCACUCAACUCCACCAAGUCAUUUUCUGUCCGGAUCCUCGACGAGAAUGACAAUCCACCCCGCUUCAGCAAGAACCUCUAUGUGUUACAGGUGCCCGAGAACAACAUCCCCGGAGAGUACCUGGGCUCCGUCUUGGCCCAGGACCCUGACCUGGGCCAAAAUGGGACAGUCUCUUACUCCAUUCUGCCCGGGCAUGUGGGCGAUGUGUCCAUCUACACCUAUGUCUCUGUCAACCCCACCAAUGGUGCUAUCUAUGCCCUGAGGAGCUUCAACUACGAGCAGACAAAGCACUUUGAGUUUCGUGUGCUAGCCAAAGACUCGGGUUCACCCCACCGUGAAAGCAAUGCCACGGUGCGUGUUACGGUGCUUGAUGUCAAUGACAAUGCACCCCUCAUCGUCCUCCCUGCCCUCAUCAAUGACACUGCCGAGCUGCAGGUGCCACGCAACGCUGGGGUAGGCUACCCUGUGGGCACCGUCCGUGCCCUGGACAGUGACUUUGGGGAGAGCGGGCGCCUCACGUAUGAGAUUGUGGAAGGCAAUGAGGAGCACCUCUUUGAGAUGGACCCCACUAGCGGUGAGAUACGCACCUUGCACCCCUACUGGGAGGAGCUCAGCCCUGUGGCUGAACUGGUGGUAAAAGUCAGUGACCAUGGCAAGCCCAGCCUCUCCGCAGUGGCCAAGCUCAUUGUCAGGGCCUUGGCAGGGCCCCUGCCCGAGGCUGGCGAGCCACAGGUGAAUGGCGAGCAGCAUCGGCGACCACACUGGGACUUGUCGCUGCCCCUGAUCGUGACGCUGAGCACUGUCUCCAUCAUCUUGCUGGCUGCCAUGAUCACUAUUGCUGUGAAGUGCAAGCGAGAGAACAAGGAGAUCCGCACCUAUAAUUGUCGCAUUGCCGAGUAUAGCCACCCUCAGCUAGGAGGAGGGGGAGGCAGUGGCGGGGGAGGAGGAGGCAGUGGCAGUGGAGGGGGCAAGGGCAAGAAGAAGAAGAUCAGCAAGAAUGACAUUAUGCUGGUGCCCAGUGAGGGCGAGGACAGCCGGGGCCCCCUCAAUGUCAUGAACGUGGUGAGCAGCCCAUCCCUGGCCACCUCACCCAUGUACUUUGACUACCAGACCCGCCUGCCCCUCAGCUCUCCCAGGUCUGAGGUGAUGUACCUGAAGCCCGCCUCCAACAACCUGACUGUACCCCAGGGACAUGUGGGCUGCCACACCAGCUUCACAGGGCAAGGGACUAACGCCAGCGAGGCUCCCCCGAGCCGGAUGUCCAUAAUUCAGACAGACAAUUUUCCCGCAGAGCCCAAUUACAUGGGCAGCAGGCAGCAGUUUGUUCAAAGUAGCUCCACAUUCAAGGAUCCAGAAAGAGCCAGCUUGAGGGACAGCGGGCAUGGGGACAGUGAUCAGGCUGACAGUGACCAAGACACUAACAAAGGCUCCUGCUGUGACAUGUCUGUUAGGGAGGCACUCAAGAUGAAAACUACUUCAACUAAAAGCCAGCCACUUGAACAAGCAUUCCCAACUUUGCUUUCCUUUGCUAUCCUCACCCUACAUACCAUCACAAGCAGACUUCAGUCUCUUGAACUGCUGCUUUCAGAACAGCAAGGCAGAGGCCAAAGACCCAUUGUUGGGAUCUGUGGACCAGCCCGCUGUGAGGAUGGAAAAUUUACAGAACAAGAAGAAUGUGUUAACUGCACAGAUGAAUGCAGAGUGCUUGGUCAUUCUGACAGGUGUUGGAUGCCACAGUUCCCUGCAGCCAGUCAGGCUGAGAAUGCAGAUUAUCGCACAAAUCUCUUUGUACCCACAGUUGAAGCUAACGUUGAAACUGAGACAUACGAAACUGUGAAUCCCACUGGGAAAAAGACUUUUUGUACAUUUGGGAAAGACAAGAGAGAGCACACUAUUCUCAUUGCCAAUGUUAAACCUUACUUAAAAGCCAAACGUGCCCUGAGUCCUCUGCUUCAGGAGGUUCCCUCAGCAUCGAGCAGCCCAACCAAGACAUGCAUUGAGCCUUGCACCUCAACAAAAGGACCACUGGAUGGUUGUGAAGUGAAAUCAGGAGCCUUGGCUGAACCAAGCAGCCAGUACUUGUCAACUGACAGUCAGUAUCUAUCGCCUAGUAAACAGUCAAAAGACGCUCCCUUCAUUGCAUCAGAUCAGAUGGCUAGGGCCUUUGCAGAUGUGCAUUCCCGCGUGAGCCGAGACUCGAGUGAGAUGGACUCUGUUCUGGAGCAGUUAGACCGUUCAGCCCGGGAUCUAGGCAGGGAGUCGGUGGAUGCCGAGGAAGUUGUGAGAGAAAUAGACAAGCUCUUGCAGGACUGUCGGGGAAGUGACCCUGUGGCCGUCAGAAAGUGA